AAACAGCAUAAUUGUGGCGAAACUACGACCAUCGAGAAUGGCGCUGAACGGGUUUUUGGAAUUCUUUCAACGAGAAAAAACGUUCCGGCCGAAGAAACGAUUUACCCAGGGCACGAUACGGUACUCGCUGCACAAGCAGGCCAACGCCAGUCUCCAGUCGGGCAUAAAUCUGAAGGAAGUGGUCAAGCUGCCGGCUGGCGAGAAUAUGAACGAUUGGCUCGCGGUUCACGUGGUCGACUUCUUCAACCGGAUCAAUCUCAUAUACGGCACCAUAUCGGAGUAUUGCAACGAAACAACCUGUCCGACCAUGAGCGGUGGUGCCAAAUACGAGUAUCUAUGGGCGGACGGGGAAACGUACAAGAAACCGAUACAAUUGCCCGCCCCGCGCUACAUCGAGCUGCUGAUGGAUUGGGUAGAGAAUCAAAUCAACAACGAGACUCUGUUUCCCGUGUCGACUGACGUGCCAUUUCCGAAAACGUUUCCGAGUUUGUGUAAAAAAAUUCUUACCCGUUUGUUUCGGGUGUUUGUGCACGUGUAUAUACAUCAUUUCGAUCGGAUUUUCAGUAUUGGCGCAGAAGCGCACGUUAACACCUGCUACAAACAUUUCUACUAUUUCGUGACCGAGUUUGACCUGAUGUCAGCAAAAGAGCUCGAGCCACUCGCAGUUAUGACGGCGCAAAUGUGCAAAGACUAACCGGAGCGCGCAUACGAGGAUGGAUAUCCCGAACAGCUAAGCAAACACACAACACGAUAAGAUGUCGUAUGCUCGCAUGAAGAGGGCAAACGGCAAACCAAACAAAACAGAA